UGGACGGAAAAACGGGCCUUGUUCGGGGUCUACGACAACGUGGGGAUCCUGGGCGACUUCCAGAUCCACCCGAAGAACCUUAUUGUGGGGCCCAAGUGGCUGCGAGGCUGGCGGGGGAAUGAGCUGCAGAGGUGCAUCCGAAAGAAGCAGGUGGUGGGAGAUCGGAUGUUUGUAGAGGACUACCACAACCUCAACAAGAGGAUCCGGUACUUGUAUAGGCGCUUCAAUCGCACCGGGAAGCACCGCUAGGAGCAACUGUGGGUUUGGCAUGCAGAACGUGGUUUUGUGGCAUCACAGUCAGAAUAAAGC